UUUCAGAACAGACAGUCACGUGGUUUUAAAUAAUAGAUUUACGAAAACAACACGUGGUUAAAACAAAAGAUUUCAAAAACAGCGUCAGAGUGUUAACGGAAGUAAAAAUUAGCAGAUGGAAAGAGAUGGGAAAUCGAGUUAAUAAUAUAUUGCUUGAUUUGACGAAGUAGUUUGAAUUUUAAAUUUUUUAUUGUAGCUUUUCUUAUAUGAACCAUACUUGUGAUGUAUUUACAGAAACCGUUUUAUUUUUGAAUGAAAAUACCUAUUUAAUGGAUUAUAAAUCCAUGUUUUAUCCAUGAAGCAGCUUUUUUAUGUUACUUUUCAAAUAAUAUUGCUAGCAAAAGUGACUUUAACGACUCAAAACUUACUUGAUCAAAACGGAUGCAAAGUACUUGCUGUUCUGUGUCUUAAAGAUCCAACAUGUGGGGAUGCUGAGGUGUUUUAUGAGAAAUGUUUGGAGAGAUUAAGUGCUAACUUUGAACCUUAUAGAAAUUUAAUUGGUUUUGAAAAAGUGUUAUCCAAUCCAGUAACAUUUUUAAGUUUGGCCCUUUUUCCAAAUCAUUUGGAUAAAAACACAAAGAAUUAUCACAAAAAAAUUGAAAAAGAAACUGUUAAACGAGCUGAUGAAGAUCAGUUCUUAAAUGUUGACAACAGAAAAGAUCGAUUUUCAAGUGACCAUAAAGGACGAGAUCAAUUUUUAAGUGAUGCCAACAGAAAAUUAAAAAAAGAAAUUGUCAAUCAAGCUCUUGAAAUUAUUCAAAAAUUACUAAACAAAGAUAUAAAACCUUAUAAUAAAGAGUUUUCUAAAGAAGACAUUUAUGACAUUAGUCAUGUACCAAAAUCCCAAUCAGUAAAUAAAGUCUUAAGUUCCCCCUCUUACCCUAUCACUAGUUCUGUUGUGUUAGAUAAAAAACAUGUAAUUUCUAAUGUUCAUGAUUUGGAAAGAAUAGCUAAUGUGAUUUACAGUCAAAAUGAAGAAGAUAUUUCAGAAAACGAUAAUGAUAAAAAUGAUAUAAAAGUGUAUACAUAUCCAAUUUUAACUUCAAUUCAAGCUGCAUCACUGGGAAGUAUUUUGCAAAACAUAACAAAAGCUAUUUUUGUUUUCAAUAAACAGCAAGGAAAUGAAAUUACUUAUCUUGUAUAUACACCUUCCUUACCUGUUUCUACAAAAACCUUGCAAAGUAUAAUCCAAAGCAUUAAUACUGAUCAGAGUCUUCGAGAAGUAAUAAAGAAUAUAUCUGGGGUUGAAUUGUUAUCUGCAAACUCAGCUGAUUCGGAAUUACAGGUUGCAAAUUCCAGAGUAGAAAUACCAAAGGAGAAAACUUGGGAUAAGAUAACCUUGACAACAGUUCUUAUUUGUGGUUGUGUCCUAGCAACUUUUAUUUUAUCUGCUGCAUUUUGUCUUAUUAGAAGUAAUUCCAAAGGUGCACCUAUAAUAUUAAAAAAACAAGAAGCAGUUCAAGAUUACCAAGAACUAUUGCGGACUCAGAUGUCCAUUGUUAACUUACCAAAGCCAGAUGAUAAGUUAACUGAAAAAGAAGCAAGUAUGAAACAAGCAUGGAGUGAAGAUUCUAUAUACAAAAUGGAUAUCACUACUGGGCAUGUUAUACUGGCUUACAUGGAAGAUCACUUGAAAAAUGACAAUCGUUUAAACAAGGAAUGGGAGGCACUUUGUAAUUAUCGACCAGAUGAUACUUCAGUAACGCAAGGCAGUGAAAUGAAAAAUGCUAUCAAGAAUCGUUACCGUGACAUUCUUCCAUAUGAUCAUUCAAGAGUGAAGUUAAAUCCCAUGACGAAUGCUCUCCACUCUGAUUAUAUUAAUGCUAGCUUUAUAACUAAUAUUCGAGAUGUUGAAUACAUAGCUGCACAAGGUCCUCUUUACAAUACAGUUUCAGAUUUUUGGCAGAUGAUAUGGGAACAAGGUGUUGUUAUUAUUGUAAACCUUACUAGGCUUUCUGAUAUGGGGCUUCCACUGUGUCAUCGAUAUUGGCCUGAAGAUGGAAGUGAAAUUUAUCAUAUAUAUGAGGUUCACUUGAUUUCUGAACACAUUUGGUGUGAUGAUUACCUUGUUAGAAGUUUGUAUUUAAAAAAUAUGCAGACAUCUGAAACACGCACAGUAACUCAAUUUCAUUAUUUAACAUGGCCUGAUUUGAGUGUUCCUAUAUCUCCCAAAUCACUUCUUGAUUUCAGAAGGAAGGUAAAUAAAUGUUAUCGUGGUCAUGCACGACCAAUUGUUGUUCAUUGUAAUAAUGGGGUUGGAAGAACAGGAACAUACAUACUUUUAGAUAUGAUAUUAAAUAAAAUGAUAAAAGGUGCAAAAGAAAUAGACAUUGCAGCAGCUAUUGAACAUCUUCGCGAUCAAAGAGCGGAUAUGGUGAAAACCAAGGGUCAGUUUGACUUUGCAUUAAUGGCUAUGGCAGAGGAAGUAACCGCCAUAUUAAGUUCUGUCUCUAGAUAAUAUUUUGUUUGCUUUAAACCACCUGCCUUCAUGCUUUUUUUUUUUAUAAUGCAUUUUCAAAGAAUAUAUUUAAAAAGUUUUUUGAGUUAGGUUUUUGUGAUUUUUUUUUAAUUAUUUUUUUCGAAUUUAUUUAAAACAUAUUUAGGAUUCUCAUCUAAUUUAGUUUUUUCGUGUUCUUUUGUUUGUGUUUAUGUUUUUUGAGUCAAAUUUAUUAUUUUUAAAUUGGUUUUUGAUUUUUUUAAAGUUACUUUUUUUUUUCUUUUUUUUAUGAAUAAAUUAUUUUUUUACAAAUUACGAUCCUGCGUCAUACACAAUCCUGUGUUAUAAAUGUGCAAAAGAUUUGUUUAUUUUUUUUUUUUGUAUAUAUAAAUAUUCUUAUUCCAAUUUUUAUUUGUAUUACUACUUUUUAUUUGUAGCGCUGUAAAAACUUAAAAAAUAGAUAUUUAUUUUGAGCUUAUGUAUUUAUACAAAUGUAGACUUUGUUAACGAUUUCUAGGUGAAGUUUGUCUUUUUUUGGCGUUAAGUUUUAAUAACUGCACUCAAGGAAAGUCAUCUAAUUUGUGUACAGUGUUUUUUGAAAGCAAAAAGGACUAAUAAAAUUUUGUGUAUAUUAAA